AUGGUGGUGUUGGUGGUUAGUGGAGAUGAUGAUGAUGAUGAUGAUGACGAUGAUGAUGGGCGUAGUGAGUGCUGAUUGGGGCCUGGUGAUGGUGGUGAUUGUUUAUGAAAAUGAUGAGUUUGGUGAGUGUUCGUGAAAGUGCGUGAAAGUGGUGAUGAUGAUGGUGAUGGUGAAACUAGUGACUAAAGAUGAUGAUGAUGAUGGUGAUGAUGAUAAUGAUCAUGGGUGUAGUCAGUGGUGAGUGCUGCUGGUACUGGUGGUGAUUGUUUGUGAAAAUGAUGAGUUUGGUAAGUGUUCGUGAAAGUGAUGAUGACGACGGUGAUGGUGAUAGUGGUCACUAAAGAUGAUGAUGAUGAUGAUGAUGGUGAUGAUGGUGAUGAUGAUGAUGAUGAUGGAUGUGGUCAGUGGUGCGUGGAGCUGGUACCUGGUGGUGAUAGUUUGUGAAGACGACGAGUUUAGUUUGUGUUCGUGAAAGUGAUAAUGACAAUGGUGAUUGUGAUAGUGGUAACUAAAGAUGAUGAUGAUGAUGAUGAUGAUCAUGAUGAUGGUGGCGCAUGA